AUGUUGAUGACCAUAACUUAUUUGCAAUUAUGCUUCUAUUUGAUUGUACUACAAUUAAAUCAUAUAAGUGGACAACUAAACGAAUUCAACAAUCAUAUACAACAAAAUCAAACAAUCUCAACAUUUGUGAAAUCAUUGAAUCAAAACAAUGUAAUUGAUAACAGCCAACAAUCGAUAAAUUAUCAUGUGAAUAGAAGAGAAACAAGAUUGAAUGGUCCUUUAGAUGACAAAAAAGAGUUAGGAGAAAAAAAUACAUUAUAUAAAUUGCAAAGUUAUGUUUGUGAUCAAAUGGAAUCAGAAAAUGAGAGAAAUAUUAUCAGAGAUUAUGAAGAAACGAGUGACCACGAUAAAAAUAACGAGGAGAAUGAAAGAUAUAUUAAUAUAGAUGAAGAAAUAUUCAAAAAAGAAGACGAAGACGAAAAUUCGGAAAACGAAGAACAGGACAGAAAAAUUACUGAAGAAAGUCGGAAAGAAAAAAAGAAUAAAGAUAACAUUCUUGAGAAAAAACAAAACGACACAUUAAACGAAAACGAAGAGGUACCGGUUUGGAUUGAAAAGCGACAAUUGAAAUUCGAAGAGAAAGAAACAGACGAAGAUGAAAUAAAUUCAACGAAAGUUGAAAAAACCACAGAAGAACAAAAGAAACAGAAAUAUCGACACGACAGACAAAUUAAAACAAAAUAUAGAAAAAGCACCUGA